CGGUGGGGUACUCUGAUUGGACAUCGGAUCCACCGGAAGGCCUACUCUUUCCAGUAAGACCCUCCGACUGCUUCACUUCUCACCCCAACUUCCACAUGGACUCAAGCCAAACAACAAUGCAAGCAGGUACAAAGACAGUCGAGGAUAUCAACACCGUAUCCGAAUACCUCAGCAAUCCUGAUCUAUCUACCCUCUCUGCAGCUGAUUGCAUCGUCAUCUGCGCUUCUGCCAUUCUCCACCAGGCUGAAAAUUUAUUCCAAAGCCUUCAAACCAAUCCAUCUCUCACCAAAUGCCUGGUUCUAUGCGGUGGGAUUGGCCACUCAACCCAUUAUAUCCAUGAGGCUGUUGCCAAUCAUCCCAUAUUCUCGCGCAUCGCUGGCGAUGUCAUCGGCCUGUCUGAAGCGCGCGUACUAGAGAAAAUCCUCAAUGAGUUCUUCGAUACAGACACCAUCACCAGUCACGGCUGUCAAAUUCUAGUCGAAGACAAAUCAACAAACUGUGGCCUCAACGCCUCUCUAUCUCGAAAUGUCCUCGAUAAGGCAGGCAUCCAUCCAACCACAUGCAUCAUCAUCCAAGAUCCCACCAUGAUGCGUCGGACCAUCGCUUCUUUCAAGAAAGCGUAUGAAGAUGUCAUUCAUAUUCCUGAAUUCAUCGGAUACCCAGUCUUCGUUCCGCGUAUGACAGUAAAAGAUGUAGUUUUGGCGUAUGAUGACUCAAUACCAACAGCUUUAUGGCCGCAGAGUCGGUUUCUUGAGUUACUUAUUGGGGAAAUUCCACGACUUCGAGAUGAUGAGAAUGGAUAUGGUCCGAAUGGAAAAGGAUUUAUUCCCCAUGUUGAAGUUCCACAUAGAGUUGAGGAGGCGUGGAUGCGACUGCGGGGUGUUUCAGAUGCUACGAGAUAAGUCUAUGGAACAGACCAGUUCUGCUUGUCUGUUUAGAUAUUGUAUCUUAAAAUUAUGUUGAUAUGAAGCUCAAAUGUAGGACAUAGUUCGCUAAAUACUAUACUUUUCCUUUCAUAUCAGGCUAAAAUUAAGGGAAGUAUUAUGGUUGUCAUUAAAUAAAGCCAAGAG